AUGUAUGUGAGUUACUUUAUGGAUCAAGAAAACAACAUGUAUCCUGGACCCAGGAAAUAUCCUAACAGCGGUGUACCGAUGCAGAAUUUUCCAUCUAAUGCCACCUACUCAGAGUACAUGGAAUACCACAAUGCUCAGAUUAUGGAUAAUUCAGGGCAUUCGUCAGGAGUUUGGGGAUCACAUUAUGGGUUUCAGAGAGAAGAAUGGAAUGGUUAUGGCCCUGGACCCUCUAACACAUGCUCUGCUCCAAUAUCUGGAUUAUCUCCUGGACAGAUGAUGUAUGAGUCUCCUGACUAUAGCUCAAUGCGCCACCCUGGCCAAGGGGCGAUGCCUCUUGAUUCAGUGAAUAUAGUUCAAACCCUUUCCAACAAUCAAAGGCACCAGCCCUAUGACUGGAUGAGGAAAACAAUUCACACAAAUCCUGCUGGCAAAACCAGAACAAAGGAAAAAUACAGAGUUGUAUACACAGAUCAUCAGAGACUAGAACUUGAGAAAGAAUUCCUCUCCAACAGAUACAUCACAAUACGAAGGAAGUCUGAAAUUGCAAUAAGUCUGGGACUGUCAGACAGGCAGGUAAAAAUAUGGUUCCAGAAUCGACGUGCCAAGGAACGAAAACUGAUUAAGAAAAUAGGACAGUUUGACGGAAGUGUGGGCUCAGCCCAAAGUGACUCUGGAUCUGUCAGUCCAGCCAACAUGUCUGCAGGUUUAUAUCCUCAACCACUCGCAUUAAACGGAUUACAGUCAAUGAACAACAUGCUACAGGUUGCAGUGUCCCAGUAA